UUUUUUUUUUUUUUUUUGAAACAGGGUCUCACUAAGUUGCCCAGGUUGACCUCAACUCUGUGAUCCCCUUGCCUCAGCCUCCUGAGUAACUGAGAACUGAGAUUACAGUCAUGAAGGUGGAAGAAGAGAAGGCUGGGGCAGGAAAACUGGACCCCAUGUACUACAGGAGAUGUCCGGAUCAAGACUGCCCUUCCAUCCAUAUUGGGCUUCCAGUCCCACGUUACUCUCAAAGAAAAAGUGACCAGAAGGGACAUCUUUCAGGCCUACAAAAAGUUCGUUGGGGACUGCGGCCAGACAAGCCACAGCAGGAACAACUGAACAACCCAGGGAGAGGAACAAGCAGUCAGCACGGCAGCGUGGAUUUUAUCAGCAGGACUCGGUCUCCAGCUGCUGAGCAGCUCCAGGACAUCCUGGGGGAGGAAGAUGAGGCUCCCAACCCCACUCUCUUCACAGAGAUGGACACUCUGCAACAUGACGGGGACCAGAUGGAGUGGAAGGAGUCAGCCAGGUGGAUAAAGUUUGAAGAAAAGGUAGAGGAAGGAGGCGAACGCUGGAGCAAGCCCCAUGUGUCCACGCUGUCCCUGCACAGCCUCUUCGAGCUCCGUACCUGCCUGCAGACGGGGACAGUGCUGCUGGAUCUGGAGAGCGGCUCCUUACCACAGAUCAUAGAUGAUGUCAUUGAGAAGCAGAUUGAGGAUGGGCUCCUGCGACCAGAGCUCCGGGAAAGGGUCAGUUAUGUCCUCCUGAGGAAGCAUCGUCACCAAACCAAGAAGCCCAUCCACCGCUCCUUAGUGGACAUUGGAAAGUCAGUCUCUUCCACCUCAAAUCGCAGUCCUGCCCGGAGCCCUGCAGCUGGCUCAAGUCUACACCGCUCCACUGAGGACCUGAGGAUGAGACAGAGCACAAAUUAUGGACAUCUGCGUCACGCCCAGAGCAGAAGUAUGAAUGACAUCUCUCACACCCCAAACACAGACCAGCGGAAAAACAAAUUCAUGAAGAAGAUCCCCAAGGACUCAGAAGCCUCCAAUGUACUUGUGGGUGAGGUGGACUUCCUGGAUCAGCCAUUCAUUGCAUUUGUGCGUCUCAUCCAGUCUGCCAUGCUAGGUGGAGUGACCGAGGUGCCCGUCCCUACCAGAUUUCUGUUCAUACUGCUGGGACCUUCUGGGAGAGCAAAAUCCUACAAUGAAAUUGGCCGUGCCAUUGCAACCCUGAUGGUAGAUGAUCUCUUCAGUGAUGUGGCUUAUAAAGCCCGCAAUCGCGAGGAUCUGAUUGCAGGAAUUGAUGAGUUUUUGGAUGAGGUCAUUGUUCUUCCCCCUGGAGAAUGGGACCCAAAUAUCCGAAUUGAGCCACCCAAGAAAGUGACCUCUGCUGACAAAAGGAAAUCUGUGUUCUCCCUGGCUGACAUAGGCCAAAUGAAUGGCUCCGUGGGAGGAGGUGGCGGCUCAGCUGGAGGAGGAGGCGGUGGUGGCGGUGCUGGUGGCGGUGGCAGUGGUGCAGCAGGCGGCGGGGAUGAUGGAGAGAUGCCAGCUGUGCACGAAAUUGGGGAGGAGCUUAUCUGGACAGGAAGGUUCUUUGGUGGACUGUGUCUGGAUAUCAAGAGGAAGUUGCCUUGGUUCCCAAGUGACUUCUAUGAUGGCUUCCACAUUCAGUCCAUCUCUGCCAUCCUAUUCAUCUACCUCGGCUGUAUCACCAACGCAAUCACCUUUGGUGGGCUUCUGGGAGACGCCACCGACAACUAUCAGGGAGUGAUGGAGAGCUUCCUGGGCACUGCCAUGGCUGGCUCCUUGUUCUGCCUCUUCUCGGGACAGCCUCUCAUCAUCCUCAGCAGCACAGGGCCCAUCCUCAUCUUUGAGAAGCUCCUCUUCGACUUUAGCAAAGGCAAUGGCCUAGACUACAUGGAGUUCCGCCUCUGGAUUGGCCUACACUCAGCCAUCCAGUGCCUUGUCCUGGUGGCCACAGAUGCCAGCUUUAUCAUCAAAUAUAUCACCCGCUUCACCGAGGAGGGCUUCUCCACCCUCAUCAGCUUCAUCUUCAUCUAUGAUGCCAUCAAGAAAAUGAUCGGUGCCUUCAAGUACUACCCCAUCAACAGGGACUUCAAGCCCGACUCCAUCACCACCUACAAAUGCGAGUGUGUCGCCCCUGACACAGUGAAUACAACUGUGUUCAAUGCCUCAGCCUCGCCAGCACCAAACCUCAAUGCUUCUCUGUAUGAUCCCCUUAACCUCACAGCACUGGACUGGUCCCUGCUGAGCAAGAAGGAGUGUCUGAGCUAUGGUGGGCGCCUACUUGGGAACUCCUGCCAGUUCAUUCCAGACCUGGCACUCAUGUCCUUCAUUCUUUUCUUUGGGACUUACUCCAUGACCUUGACUUUGAAGAAAUUCAAAUUCAGCCGCUAUUUUCCUACCAAGGUCCGUGCCCUGGUGGCUGACUUUUCCAUUAUUUUCUCCAUCCUGAUGUUCUGUGGAAUCGAUGCCUGUUUUGGCCUGGAAACCCCCAAGCUGCACGUGCCCAAUGUCAUCAAGCCCACACGGCCUGACCGAGGCUGGUUCGUGGCCCCCUUUGGGAAGAACCCGUGGUGGGUGUACCUGGCGAGCAUCCUGCCCGCCCUACUGGUGACCAUCCUGAUCUUCAUGGACCAGCAGAUCACAGCUGUCAUUGUUAACCGGAAGGAGAACAAGCUGAAGAAGGCUGCUGGCUACCAUCUGGACCUCUUCUGGGUGGGCAUCCUCAUGGCCCUGUGCUCCUUCACGGGGCUCCCCUGGUAUGUGGCUGCCACAGUCAUCUCCAUUGCCCACAUCGACAGCCUCAAGAUGGAGACGGAGACCAGCGCCCCUGGGGAGCAGCCCCAGUUCCUGGGAGUCAGGGAACAAAGAGUGACUGGGAUCAUUGUCUUCAUCCUGACAGGGACCUCUGUUUUCCUGGCUCCUGUCCUGAAGUACAUCCCCAUGCCUGUGCUGUAUGGAGUCUUCCUCUACAUGGGCGUGGCCUCCCUGAAUGGCAUCCAGUUCUGGGAAAGAUGCAAGCUCUUCCUGAUGCCGGCGAAGCACCAACCAGACCACGCCUUCCUUCGCCACGUACCCCUACGCAGGAUCCACCUUUUCACCCUGGUGCAGAUCAUCUGCCUGGCUGUGCUUUGGAUCCUCAAGUCCACUGUGGCCGCCAUCAUCUUCCCUGUCAUGAUCCUGGGCCUCAUCAUUGUCCGAAGGCUUCUGGACUUCAUCUUCUCCCAGCAUGACCUGGCCUGGAUUGACAACAUCCUGCCAGAGAAGGAGAAAAAGGAGACAGACAAGAAGAAGAAGAGAAAGAAAGGGGCCCACGAGGAUAGCGAUGAGGAGCCCCAGUUCCUCCCUCCCUCAGUUAUAAAGAUUCCCAUGGAAAGUGUCCAAUCAGAUCCCCAAAACGGUAUCCACUGCAUUGCCAGAAAAAGAUCUUCCAGUUGGAGUUAUUCACUCUGAUUCUUCUUUCAGUGGCUCAGAACUCGAUCGAAGCAUCACCUUGCACUUCAAAAUCUCCUGUCCAACUUCACCUGCUUUCAGCUAUCCCAGGAGCCCAGUCUUCAUGGUGCCACAGGUGAAGAUAGAGAUGGAGUCUGACUAUGACUUUACAGACAUAGAAGAAUAUGGAAGAGAGGCCCACGGUGAGACCACCCUUUAGGAUGAUGCAGCUUCUCCCUGCCUGGGCAAGGGCCUGGUUUAGUUUUAAUUGAGUCUUAACUUCUCUGUGCCUGUCUCGUUAUGUACCGGAGUGGGUCCUUCUGCCCUAUAGAAAACUGGCCAUCCUUCAGUGGAAAGUCCUACUUAGAUGCAAAGCUCUCUUCAUCCCUUUGUAGUUAUUACAAUAUCUAAAUGUAAACAUUAUACCUUAUUUUAAAAUGCAGUUCAGCAUAGAAAUCAUAACAUUUCUUUUGAAAUGAAAAAAAAAAUGCUUGCCUCUUAAAACCAUAAGAUAAAUGGGCAAUAGUCAAUUUUAUACUUAAGACAAGUAUUAAUUAAAAAUUUUAAAGGUUAGAUUGAAAUCUAGGUGGUUUUAAAGAACUCUUAACAUACUCUUACAAUAGGCCAAGGCUGGAAUAUUGUUUUGCAAAAUUGCAUAUUUUUAUGCAAUUUUGGUUGGCUUUAACAGGUUGACAUGUUAUUACUUCUCCAUGCAGAGUGAUGCUGGAAAGGUCCUACCUUUUCUCUGAAUCUCAUUCAGCUCAGUUUGAAUCUGCAUUGUGGGCCUUGGUCUAGAAGUGUGACUGGGGCUUUCCUAGAUUGAAAAGCCAGUUCCAAAAGUCUGUUAAUGAAGGAACCAAUGCAUCAGAGUGGAUAAAGUUUUUUAAAAUGAAAUAGUCACUGUUAAAGUGAACCUCAAAUCACAUGAGAUCCACAAAGUGAUCCUUUAAAUUUAUUCACUGUUUUUUUUUUCACACCUGGAUUCCAAUUUCUUUAUUUGGAAUAGGUCCUUCCUACAAGUUUUCAAUGACUGAUCCUCAAAGUCAGAUUUCUAUUUACAUGAACAUUACAUGUUAGGCAGCUAACACUUUGGAAAAUUAUAACUUGGCAAUGUUAGUCAAACUAGUCCUUUAAAAGAAUGAUUAGAAGCAAUUUGGGUAGAUUAACACCAAUUAUUAAUGAAGCAGACCCUUUCCCCAUUAAACUUAAAAAGAUUAGACAUUUUAGGUUUAAUACACAUUGAAUGAGUGAGCACCAACUGUUUAUGUAAUACCUGCUAUUGCCAGAUAACCACAUGCAUCUGACAUUUUCUUCUCCAAAACAACUAUGGAUUUGAAUUUUCCUUAAAUUUAACCUCAGAGCUCCCUUCCAAGGAAUACUGCCAAGAGGUAAAGCUCUAAACUUCUACCUGAUAGCAAAAUUAUUUAGCUGUUCACUAAUCCAGAACCAUCCUAUUUAAGUACAAAGUCUUUAUCUUCAUUUGUACCAAUCCUGGGAGAGCUAACAAUCUAACAUUUAAGUUUUAAAGCCUGGCUGAUUUGAAAUAGUACUGUCCCCAUUAAAUUGUAGAAAUGUUAUGGAUUCAGGAGUAAAUGUGCUUGAUUAAUAAAACAAACUGGAAAAGUAUGAUGUUAGUUUUUUGUUGUAAAUUGAUCCAUGUAAUUUUUACCUUAUAUAUCCUUUAUAUUUUGUAUAUACAUGAACAUUUUAAGUCUUUAACAGGUUGACAUGUUAUUACUUCUCCAUGCAGUAAUUUUUUCCACUUUUAAUGUAACUAAAAUUCAAUAAAAAUUAAUCCUGUCUGCUCA